CGGUUUGGUGUAUCACGCCGUGGUGGCUUCUGCUACACAGGAUAUACUCAUACCAUGUUUGCGCACUUUGUGCUCCUAAUUGCCACAAGCCAUGGUUUCACUCACCCAGCUCGGAUUUAUUUAUUCAAGAAACCCACCAAAUUCUGCUACUAGAAGUCAUGGCAAAACGGAACUCCAGACAAGCACAUAUGACAAACCAACAAUAUUUGAAAGGCGCACAAAGAAGCAUUGGCCAUGGGCUGUUUCAGAGGCAAGAAAAAGAAGAAGUACCCCGGCAUCGUCGACACUGGUACGGGGCAUCCAAACACAAGCCUAGUUACCGUCAAUCCUGGCACGGCGGCAUCUAAUAUUCCAGGCAAAAAGGCCAUAAUGCCUGGAAGUUUUACAACUGUGUGCCAAACAAGCCCUGCAGCAGCCGCAGUGGCAGAUAUCGGAGCAACGCCGACGAGUGCCAUGUUCCCGAAUAUGCCUGCUGAAAUCGAGCUCGGGGAUGACCCGUUCGCUUUCCUAGAAGAUUUCAACACAUGUUUCCUGAUAGAUGACUCCAAGGAGAUGGAGGACGACUGGCAUGAGGUCCUGGCGUUUGUUUGCGAAGUAGCACCAAUAUGUGUCGAACGCGACCCGCGUGGUGUCGAAAUUCUUUUUGGCAACCACUCACCAGCCAGUUCACUCUGGUUUGACGUGCCUGGUCACUACGGCUAUCUGAACAUCGGGCUCAUGCGCGGAGCCCCCCAGAUGCACAACAAUGUGGAGGGAAUCUUCAACGACGUCAAGCCAACAGGUAGCAAAAAGGUCACAUUCCGGCUAACAAGAAUAUUAAACCACUACAUGUAUUGUUACAAAGAAACAAUCUCCAUGACGGGCUCAAGACACCGCUGGAGACCUCUCAACCUCAUUGUUGUGACUGGUCGACCCCUCAGCAACCGCAUACCGGGCAUUUUUCAAGGACUAGCGAAGGAAUUAGACAAGCUGGAUGCACCAUCUUAUCAGGUUGGUGUUCAGUUCUUCCGGGUCGGUGGCAACGAGGAAGCUGAAGAGCAUAUGCGGCUCCUCGACGAUGAGGUACAUAGGUGGAAGGGCGUGAGGGACUUUGUGGACACGGCAACUUGGACGGAUGGUCAGGAGGACUAUCAUUGGAAGGCUUACUGAAGGUUGUUGCUCGUGGCGUAGAACGAUCAAUCGAUUACGUCCACUUGGCGGAAGUGCGCAUGCCAGAUCUGCCACCAGGUGCGUGGUAAUUAAUCUAUUUGUGGGAUAACGGAACGCAGAUGUUCCAUUGAUCGAGUAUCUACACUAGGUUUCAAGCAAAUUAGACGAUGCUUUAGUGCUCAUCGCUUUAUCAGACCCUUCACUCUACUAUUUCUCAGGCCUCCUCCAGGUGGGCGUGGGCACUACUUGCAGGUCUACUUGUGGGCUUUCGAGCCCGUGUCGCUGUGCCAUGGCCUUCUUCAGCAGUGCUUGUGGGCUGCAAAAAGCGGACUGGUAGGCAAUAUAUGAUCAGAAGUGUGUCCUUAAGCUAUGAUGAAUCUACUUACCACG